AUGGCGACUUCGGCUUCUUCCUCAAACACUGAAGCUCCAUCAGGUGUAAUACAUUCCGCUCAACUCAUUUCUCCAUCCCUGAAAUUUGUGAUAUCAAAUCUCAAAUUUCUCGUUUCGAAUUCCUUAACUCCGGACAACUACCCCCUAUGGAGUAAUCAGAUUGUCAAGAUUCUCCGGGCAAAUGGCUUCGCCACCUUUCUUGAACACAAACCAGGCUCCGAUUCUACGACAGAGACGUCCUCCACUACUAGUAAAGAUCUAAAUCAAGAUCCCUCUCCAUGGUCUGUUAUUGACCAAAACCUGGCAGCCGCCCUGUGCUCGACGAUCUCUCCGACGGUUCUUCCAUACCUCAAGAAUGAGCUCCACAUCGUGUCCAUGAAAAAUCUGUCAAUGUCUCAGUACCUAACCGAGAUCAAGAAGAUCGUCGACCAAAUCGCAUCGGCGGGAUCCACUGUGGACUCUGAAGACGUAAUUAUUUACAUCUUGAAUGGGCUUCCCCCUUCGUAUCAGCCAUUCACAGCAUCCAUCCGCACUAUGCAAACAUCUCACUCUGGACAAUCUCUACGCACUUCUUAUCAGUGA